GCCAAUAUUUUGACUCACGUCAGUCGGGCUAGAAAAACAAACAGAGCGCUGCGCGGGGGAGCGGCCCCUCCGAGGAGGCUGCGGCGGCCGCGGGGCCGGGAGCGGGCGAGUGAGCGCCGCUGGAGCCCCAGCCCGAAGCUGGGAGGAGAGCGCUCGCCAGCAGCGCCACAACCCGGGCUCCCCAGCGGCAGGCCGGAGUACCCGAGGCCGGGAACAGCAAGCUAGCCGAGGCGGGACCGCGCCGCCGCACUCCAGGUUCGUGAGUGGAGCCCAGCCUUAUAUGGACUGAUCGCUCGGGCAAUGGCCCAUUUUUUCCUCGCCACCAGCCGCCACCGCGCGCGGAGCGGCCGCCGGAGCCGGAGCUGACGGCACCUUGGCACCUCUCCUGGAGUUACAAACUGAGGCCGCGCAGCGCUGGGCGCGCAGGCCGCCAGUCGCAGCCUACAAUUCUGCGUGCUUUCCGAGAAGAGAGAGGCGCCGGGUGGGCUUUAUUAUUUUUUCCCCUUUCCCUUUUCCCACAGUGUCCUCUUAUUUUAAAUAAUAAUUAUCCCAAUAAUUAAAACCCAUCCCCCAUCCCUCCCCCCAUUCCUUUCCUUAACCCCCCCUCCCCCGCCCGCCGGGGCUGGGGAGAGCCAGGAAUUAACCAAGUGAGGCUACAACUUUGUGGCAUAAAAUUGCGGGGUCCGGAACCAUGUCGCUGACCAACACAAAGACGGGGUUUUCAGUCAAGGACAUCCUGGACCUUCCGGACACCAACGACGAAGAAGGCUCGGUGGCCGAAGGGCCAGAGGAGGAGAGCGAUGGGCCGGAGCCCGCCAAGAGGGCCGGGCCGCUGGGGCAGGGCGCCCUGGACGCUGUGCAGAGCCUGCCCCUUAAGAGCCCUUUCUACGACAGCAGCGACAACCCCUACACUCGCUGGCUGGCCAGCACCGAGGGCCUCCAAUACUCCCUGCACGGGCUGGCGGCCAGCGCUCCCCCCCAAGACUCGAGCUCCAAGUCCCCAGAGCCCUCGGCUGACGAGUCACCGGACAAUGACAAGGAGACCCAGGGCGGCGGGGGGGACGCAGGCAAGAAGCGGAAGCGCCGAGUGCUCUUCUCCAAAGCGCAGACCUACGAGCUGGAGCGGCGCUUCCGGCAGCAGCGGUACCUGUCGGCGCCCGAGCGCGAGCACCUGGCCAGCCUCAUCCGUCUCACGCCCACGCAGGUCAAGAUCUGGUUCCAGAACCAUCGCUACAAGAUGAAACGUGCCCGGGCCGAGAAAGGUAUGGAGGUGACGCCUCUGCCCUCGCCGCGCCGUGUGGCAGUGCCGGUCUUGGUCAGGGACGGCAAACCGUGCCACGCGCUCAAAGCCCAGGACCUGGCAGCCGCCACCUUCCAGGCAGGCAUCCCCUUUUCCGCCUACAGCGCGCAGUCGCUGCAGCACAUGCAGUACAACGCCCAGUACAGCUCGGCCAGCACCCCCCAGUACCCGACAGCACACCCCCUGGUCCAGGCCCAGCAGUGGACUUGGUGAGCGCCGCCCUCCAAGACUGGAGGCCUUAGGCCCUGGCCCCACCCCAGCGGCGCCGGUGGCGAGGAGGACUUGAUCCUUACCACGGUUGUUAUUAUUAUUAUUAUAAUUAUUAUUAUAGAGUCGAGUCGGACUCUCGGCUCCGUGGAGGAGGCACCGGGAGGUUGCCUGUGCCUCCUCGAGUGGCAGAUUCCAUCGAUUCUGCCCCAUCGUUCUCUCCUUUGAACUUCUGGAGAGGGUAGAACUCUAAGCCGUGUUUACAGAAUGUCUGUGCAGCUUCGCUUCUUUUGCCUCUCUCUCCCUGAGGGGACCAAACCAUCCCAACGUUAACGUUGUCACUUGAAAAGAGAAAGGACCAGCCAGCCCCCACCCCCACCCCCCGCCCCGCACUGCUUUCGUGAAUUUUGUAAACUAUGUUUGUGUGAGUAGCGAUAUUGUCAGCCUUCUAAAGCAAGUGGAGAACACUUUAAAAUAUAGAGGAUUUCUUUUUUUAUAAGAAAAUGCUAAAUAUUUAUGGCCAUGUACACGUUCUGACAACUGGUGGCAAAUUUCGCUCUUCGUUGUAAAUAUCGCUAGUGAUCGUUGCCAAAUGACGUUCUGGAUGGGCCUGGAUCUCUAUCGGGCCUGUCUCUUUGUCGUUUGUUUUCGGUGGGUUAUGUUAUGUUUGAGUUGCAUCGGUUUUUUAAAUUUUUAUUUUAUUUUUAAUUUGUUCAGUGCAAACAUUUUUCAACUAUGAAAACGGAAAAUAUGUGUAGGGAAAGCACUCCCCAGGCCCCAUUUUUCGUCUCCUGAGCCCCGGAGCUUGGAACUCAGCAGUUCCACGUGGUUCCCCAAGAGCGCCGGGCGCUGAAAGCUUUCGAUUUUUUUAAAUAAGAAUUUUAAUAAAAAUCCUGUGUUUAAAAGAAACAAACAAACAAACACAAAAACAAG